UGAGGAGGCAGGAUGUUUGUUAACCUUUGCUUGGAGAAGUGGCACCACCACCACCACCACAGAUGUAUAAUAAAAAUGGAGUCCAACGAAAUGGAAGAGAGCGACCAGUAUAACAACAAUAACACAACUACCUGUACGGUAAGCAGUCCUUUGCUUUUUAGAAAUGGCAACACUCACUCAAUUAAUAGGCGAGACGAAAACAAAAGCAGUCCUUACAAUCUAUCGAAUAACUCUAAGCUUUCUAGUCGAACCAAUGUUGAAAGUAAUUCCUAUUCACAAUGCGAUCCUGAAAUUCGAACUGAACCUCGUCGUUGUCCUUCUGAAAGUCUUCGACCAAUUUCUGCUUCUCUCCACCAAACAUCACAUUCUGAAGUACUUUUGCAUUCUACCGGUAAAAGUAGCAGCAGCAGCAGUAGUAGUAACUCGAAGCAUCAUAGCCACCGUAACUAUCACCAGUCUCUCUACAGUAGCCGUCACCACCAUAGCCAUCGUAAACACUACAGUCGUUACAAAAAUAACCGUAGUCCUAACUAUCAGACGUCUCAACAAUUCGAUGAAAACAUCCAAAUGAUAACCAACCACGGACGACGAUCGACAGAUAACUACCUGUAUAACAAAAGCAGUCGAAGUCAUCACAAUAAUACGAUCACCAAUAACACAAGUUGUUGCAGUAGUAGUACUGACUGUGGCAUUGGCGGCAACUCCGGCAAGGUUUCUCCGAGACUUUCUUCUUCAGACCCUAACUCCAAUGACAAUAGUCCAAACCCUAACUUGUCUCCAGCACCUACUUCAGCCAUAACAUCACCACUUCCGCCUCCGUCUCCCCCAACAAAGUCUGGAGAGCACGUCCAUUGUUUGUUUCCCGAGUUAUUGGUAAUGAUAUUCUGCUAUUUAGACGUGAGGAACAAAGGCCGUGUGGCCCAAGUAUGUGGUCGCUGGCGGGAUGCUGCCUAUUCUCGCACUGUGUGGCGUGGAGUUGAAGCUAAAAUUCAUCUUCGUCGAUCAAACCCUUCUUUAUUCCGUAGCCUUGCCAAACGUGGAAUUCGCAGAAUUCAAAUUCUGAGCUUAAAACGAAGUCUCCGUGAUGUUGUAGCCGGCAUUCCAGACUUAGAAAGUCUUAACCUUAGUGGAUGUUAUAGUAUCACCGAUGCUGGUCUAGGCCAAGCACUUCUCUACCGGUUGCCUUUGGUUAGUGAACUUAAUCUCAGCCUGUGCAAGCAGACAACAGACUACAGCCUCAGCCGGAUUGCUAUGUAUCUAAAAAAUUUAAAAGUAUUACAUUUAGGUGGUUGUUCUCUAAUAACGAAUGCAGGUUUGUUUGUUAUUUCCUAUGGAUUAGUCAACUUGCAAUCACUUGAUUUGAGAAGCUGUCGAUAUCUUUCAGACCAAGGGAUUGCUUACUUGGCAGGACUUGGUAAUGAGAUAACUACACAAGGUAACUUAGCUCUUGAACAUCUUUGUUUACAGGACUGUCAGAAACUUACGGACCAGUCACUACACUAUAUGAGUCUUGGGUUGAAAAAUUUACUUAAAGUGAACCUUAGCUUUUGUGGUGGGGUCACUGACGCAGGAUUGCAGUAUUUGGCUAAAAUGCCCAGCCUACGUGAAAUUAACCUUGCCAGCUGUGAUUUAGUGACUGACACUGGACUUGCACAUUUGGCACGUGGAGGCUCACACAUAACAUCUUUAGAUGUGAGCUUUUGUGAUAAAAUUGGAGAUGGAGGCUUGAGCCGUUUGGCUGAAGGACUCUUUAAACUUGAAUGCCUCAGUUUGAGUGCAUGUAACAUCAGUGACACUGGUAUUAGCUAUAUUACACAGAAUAUGCAUGGUUUAACCACAUUAAAUAUUGGUCAGUGUCAUCGUAUUACCGAUCGAGCACUGAAUCUAAUAGCAGACAAUCUGAAAAAACUGUCAAGUAUGGACCUCUACGGUUGCACACAAAUAUCUGCAAAAGGUCUUGAAAGGAUUAUGCAAUUACCAAGUUUAUCCAGUUUAAAUUUGGGUUUGUGGCACAAACGGUGACACUAGAAAUCAAGUUGAUCUUUUGUCUUCAGUUUUAUGCAGGUUAAAUUUAUCUCCUGUUUUGUCUGUAUAUUUCACUUGACCAAGUUUUACAUGGAACACAAGAUGUUGGCCUGUUCAUAUAAGAAUAUAUUCUAUGGAAAUUAGAAAUACUGAAACCUGUCUUGCAAUUUGCUUGAUUUCAAUUUACCUGAAACAACAUCUAAUAUUCUUAGAUCCAGAGUCAUCUUAGGAACCAAGAUUGCUGCAGAAUAUUUCUCAAAAUAACAAAAAAGACAUUUAGGGAAUAUAUUGACUUAUAAAUGUAAAACAAAAAAAAAAAAAAAGAAACAUGGAAAAACCUAACUCUACAAUCUAUAAUAUUUAUUAUUUUGAUCAGAAAUGUUUUAUAUUUUGCUUAGUUUCUUUAUAAACAGUAAAUGCA